AUGGAGGACCUCUACAAAGUGGCCAUCGAUACCUCCACCAUUUUUUCCGAAACCGAUACCGCAGGUACUAUUUUGAAUGUCAAUGAUGGAUAUUGCAAAGCAUCAGGUUAUUCCAGCUUAUCGGCCAGAAUCACCGUCUUGUCAAAUCCCAACACCACCCCUCUACUUUCUACGACGGCAUCUGGAUCUCCAUCGCCAAGCGAUUAG